AUGAUGGUGGACAACAACGAAGGAGUCAGCGGCGAGAACAACAACGACUCCUCCUCCGGUGGUUUAGGCGCGUUGGAUAUCAAACGGACCAAAGAGUUGGACUCUUUGUUAAAGUUGGAAGACGUGUACGAAUCUCAGAGCGAGUGCACUCGGAGAGAGGAAGUUUUAGGAGAAUUGAACGAAAUGUUGCAAGAUUGGAUCCGGACCAGAUCGCUCUCGAAAGGUCACCCGGACGAAUCCAUACGGUGUAAUUUGUACACGUUUGGAUCGUAUCGACUCGGGGUGCACGGUCCGGCGGCGGAUAUUGAUUCUUUAGUCAUUGGACCGAAGCAUAUCGAUCGCGCGGAGGACUUCUUCGGCUUUGAAGAGGACGAUUUCGAAGGGUCGUUUUAUGACUACAUGAGGAAACACGAAGGGACGGAGAAGAUUGUAGCGGUGCCAGAUGCAGUCGUGCCAGAAUUGAAGACCGAGUUUAGAGGGUUUGAGAUUGAUGUUGCGUAUUGUUCCUUACCCGGGUACUCGAACGUGCCUUUAGAUUUAGACGUCUUGUCGGCGAAAAUUUUACACGGUUUAGACGACGCCGGGGUGAAGUCUUUAGCCGGUUGUCGAGUGGCGGAUAGUUUGUUGAAGUUAGUGACGAACCAUUCGGAGUAUAGGAUUGCCUUGAGAGCGCUGAGGUUGUGGGCGGCGAGAAGAGGAGUGUAUUCCAAUGUCGUCGGCUUCUUUGGCGGCGUGAAUUUGGCGAUUUUAGUCGCCAGAGUGUGCCAAUUAUAUCCCAACGCGAGCGCGUCCAUGUUGGUGUAUUCUUUUUUCCAGAUUUGGGACAAUUGGGUGUGGACGACGCCGGUUAUGCUGACGAGUUUAGACAUCGCACCGAAAGAUCAGAUUCCCGGGUUGAGACAUUGGGACGAACGAGUAAACAAACCGGAACGGUACCAGUUGAUGAAAAUCAUCACGCCGGCGUACCCGGCACAGAAUUCAACGUUUAACGUCAGUUCGUCCACGUUAGAGGUAUUGAAGAGAGAAUUCAAGAGAGGAAAGAUUGUGACUGGGAAAGUGUUGAUUGGUGAGGCGAAGUGGACGGACGUGUGGUCGGACGUGCAGUUUUUCGCAAAGUAUAAGACGUAUUUACAGCUCAUCGUCACCGCGGACAACGAGGAAGAUUUUAAGAAAUGGGAAGGUUGGGUCGGCAGUCGACUGAAAAACUUAGUGCAAGGCGUGGAGACGUUCUCGGAAGGUGCGAUGAUGGCGCACCCGGGCGUGAAGAAGUUUUACGAUCCGGAAAAAGACAAGGAGGUGCACUGCAACGUCUUUUUUGGGUUGUUUCCAAAUCCGUCCACGACUAGUGGCGACGCGAGAGAAAAGAAGAAAAUCAACUUGAACCCGGCAAUUGAGAAUUUUCAAAUGACGGUUGGUAAUUACAUAGAUCGAGCGACGGGUUCUGUAAAUUGGAAGCCCGGCAUGGGGGUGCAAAUCAAACUUUUACGGAAGAAAGAUAUACCGAGUUGGGCGUUGCCGGAAGGCGGGAAGUACGAAGAGAGCGCGUUUGAGUUGGUCGGUGUGCCCGGAACACAACCUGCUCCUCCUGCUGAAAAUGUUAACAACAACAACAACAACAACAAAAGAGCUCGAGAAGAGGAAAAAGAAGAAAUAAAAGAAGAAGUAAAAGAAGGAAAGACGGAAGAAAAUGGUGAUAAGAAAGAAGCCUCGUCGCUCCCGGUGCCGAGGCUCGCGCCGAGCGUCGUCCAGAAAGAAGUAGAAGAAGAAAAAGAUUUAUUAUUAGAUAGCAUAAACGACAACAAAGAGAGCGAAAGGACGAGAGAAGAACAACAACACGGGAAAGUUGUGAAGAAAAUGAAAGUGAGCUUCGCGAGCGUUGUAAGGCAAGGCAGCAAGUAA